AUGGGAUUUCAAAAUUUAUCUCAAUAUUCUAAGUAGAUGCAGCUUAUACGUGAAGAAAGUUUUCAUGGUUAUGAAAAACCCAGCAUUAUGGAGCUAUUCAAGUGUUUACCUGUGAUUGAACAUCUUACUAUCUGGGCUCGUAUCAUUUCGAUGUUAGUUCAAGCCUCAGUUCCUAAAGAGCCUCCACCCUUGCUAAUCCACCUCAAAUACCUUUGUAUCGAAGAAGUGGAUUUUGCUGACGACUAUGGAUUGACUUUUCUUGCUGUAUUGAUCAAAUGUUCCCCGAACUUGGAGAAACUUAAGAUAGUGAGUGAUACCAAAGAUCAUUGUGAUGAGAGAGAAUCCGUUAAACUGAGAGAAUAUUCGCAUGUUUGGUUAGAGCAUCUGAAUGAAUUGGAGAUUAAAUAUUUCACAAACAAAAAGCAGGAGAUGGAGUUUGUAAAGUUUAUCUUAGCCAAGUCACCCAAUCUGAAGAAGGCGACAUUGCAAACAAUAAUGAUUUUCAAGAGUGAAGUGAUGGAGAUGUUAAAAAUUCUCUUAAGUUCCCCACGCGCAUCGCCUGUUGAAAUCUUUGUUGAGAAUCUCUGCCAAUACCAUUAUGGUUAGAUCACCCAACUUUCUCUAGAACUGAUGUUGAGCUUUAUUAUGAUAAGCUUUGUAUGUUGCUACUUGUUUUCCUUAAAACACAAAAUUCUGGUUGGCUGAAAACUUACCUGAUGUUAAAGACUUAGAAAACAAGCAUUCCGUGUAUAAAAUGUGGCCUUGUUAAAAAAAG